AUGGACCUGCACACUUGCAGCGAGCGACUGGCAGCAUUGGGGAUGGACUUUGGUGAGACGGGGUCCAUGCGCCUCUCCGUCAGCAAGUACUCCAUGGACCGCCGGCGUGUGUACGAGGCCAUGGGCGCGGGUUCCAGGCGCAAGGGUCUGGAAUUGGGGGGCGUCAUCACGCAAGGCCUCACUCAGGCUGACCUGUUCAAAGUCACACCAGACUCCCGGUCCAACCGCAUCCUCAUCACGCCCAUCUUGCACCCCCUGGAGGUGCCGGUGCGGGCCAUGAUCCUGCCGCUGCGGGACAAUGUUGCGGCGGGCAAGAUCCGUGAUGCUGUGCGGCAGUUUCUGCUGCCGGUGCUGCCGGAGGGUAGCAUCUGGCUCCAGGACGAUGCGCUGUAUCAUGCGACCCUCUACCACGCCUCCUCCCACGUGAAACCCAUCCACGCCAGCGCUGAAGUGGUCGCAGAGGAAGAGCGCAGUAUUCGGGCGGUGUGCGGGUCCACCUGCCCCAUCAAUGCAGUACUGGAUCGGGUGGUGAUCACAAGCACAGGUGUGGUGGUGGCGUGCUGGCAGGUGCUGCCGGAGGGCGGCGAGCCCGCGUUGCUACGCGCCGCGCUGGGUGCCGCUCUGCCCAACGCGCCCCCGCGGGAGGCCCAGAUGGUCAAGGAGCCCGCCAUGCUGCAUACCACUGUGGCACGACUACUCAAGCCCCCACCCAGGUUUGCGUCGGCGUCUCCGGGUUCCAUCACCGCCGUCAUUACCGACACCACCACCACCACCACCACCACGAGCUCCACGCAGCACCUCGAGGUUGCCAGCAUCGUGGGAAGCGGUCGGGAGCUUCGAUCGCUUACCUCCAUCGGCGACUCUGGCGCUGGUUCUGGAGGUGACAGCGGCGGUGGGGGCGGCGGUGGCAGUGGCAGCGGCCGGCGGCUUUUUGCGGCGGAAGGUCUGGAAACGACUUCCAGUAGCAGCGGCGGGUCGUACAACGUGACGGAGCUUCGGAGCGAGGCAGUUGUAGCUGCGGUCGAUGCGCUGAGCGCGACGCUGUGCGGUCUGCGGGCGCAGUUUGGGGAGGUGUGGUUCAUAGAGGAACAGGACCUGUUGGCGCUAGCACUCAACGGGCGCUAUGUGCGCCACGUCGCGCCGCUGACGUGCCCGUCCGACGAUCAGACUGCUGCGGCCGCGGCCUAG